UUACUGUUUCUCGCACGUUGUUCGGCUCCAGUUUGUUUUGUUAGCGAUUCCACGGGGACAGUGCUCCAAACGCCUCAACCACCAAGGAUUUCCACCGGCUCGAAUUUAAUAAUAUUGAAUAAAGAAUGAGCACGCAAUCGACCAGGAAACGGAAGCAACCGUGCUUCGUUAGUUGGAAGAGUAAAGUCAUCCGCCAGUUUGUGAACGGUUGGAUUGAAAGCGAUCAAAAUUCCACUCCUGUAACUGUUGAAGGAAAUAGCGCGGUGGUUGAUGGCAAGGCUCAUGUCCCGGAAACACAAAGCGAAACCCCAAUCACGACCGACAUCACAAAGUCGAGCAAAGUGAAACAGUACAGUUACCCGAAUUUCGUGAAAGCCGAGGCCGAUAAACCGAUCAGCACCGUAAGCGAUCCCGGCCUGGAGAAACGGGAUGUAAACCGGUUGAAGAAUGUGAUAGCCUACAUGUACAACGAUGAUAAGAUAUCGCUGAAGCUGAGCUUCGAACAGGCCGGCGUAUUGCUGGAACCCGUUUACGAUGAGCAGACGAAGGUGUUCCGGUAUCUGGUCAACGAUCGGGAGAUUUGCCGGGCCGAAGGCGACCAGCAGGAAGCCCACUCCAAGGCGCGCGAUCGGUUGUGCGAGAUUCUGCAGUACUACUGCUACUCCGUGAAGCGUCUAAAGGAGUACCACACGAAGCGGAAUGUGUUCCGUAAAAUCCCAGCAGAGCAAGACGGCAAACGGCACUUCAAGGACAAACAGCUGGACGAGGAAAACAUCGGUUUCCGGAUGCUGCAGAAGCAAGGUUGGUCCGGAGGCUCGCUGGGAAGCAACGAGGAAGGAAUCCUGGAACCGAUUGGAUUGCACCAGAAAAGCGGCAAAAGCGGUCUGGGAGCCGAGGGCCAGGGAACGGUGGAGAAGAUUCCCGUCGAAGCGUUCAUGGUGGCCAUCAAGCAGUAUGCAUCCGGCAACGCCUUGUACGAUUUGGUGUUCAGCCCGCAGUUCUCCAAGCAUCAGGUGAUCAAGUUGAAAGACUACGCAUCCACGUUGAAACUGUUCCCUCAAAUGAUCGGCAAACGGAAGCAGCUAGUCAUAAGCAAGAAACUUACCCUCCACCAGAUCAAGGAAGGAGUCCUGAAAGGACAUUCGGAUCUGUGUGCCAAGUACGCCGUGAUUCCUCCGAUAUGCGAAACGCAUAAAUAAAUAUGUUAUUUUCUCUUAAAUUUA